GGUACUCUCUCACUGUCAGUCUUACCGGAUUUGUAUUCGCGAUUAAACAAUGGCACGGAGCUGGGCAAUAGGAGCUCUUCUUUUGAUCUGGAUUUCUGCUGCCGACCUCUGUCCAUACACAUGUGUUACUAAGGAAUAUUGUUUUUAUCCACAACAAGUCCAUGUUAGAGAAUAUAGGUGUCGGGACCAACAAGUUUGCUGUGCAAAUAGUAAAGAUUUUUCGCCUAGUAUCUCCACUACCCAAGACCUACAGGAUUUUAGUGGAGUUCGGGCCAAUCCUUUUCCUGCCCAAGGAAAUAUCCACUCACCAAGUCAAGACUUUGGUUCAGGUUCUGUCAAUCCUUCGCAUAGUUCCUAUUCUGCCCAAGGAAAUAACCGCCAAACUGAAACCUAUCCCGAGAAACCGAACCAAUCCUUAAGUGAAGGUUAUGUCCCAGGAAAUGUGCUUCAACCCAACACCUAUUCUGGCACUGUAAACCAAGAAUUCACUGGAAAACAAUAUUUGAGCGGGGGUUAUGGCCAAGGGAAUAUGCCCCAAACAAACUCCUAUGUUUCCGCAUCAAACCAAGAAUUCACUGGAGGCCGAGGAAAUUUUUCCCAAGAUGAAAACCGUAAUACCGCAUCACAACAAGAUUUAAGUGGAGGUUAUGCCCCAGGAAAACAGGACCUCGGUGCAUCGAAAGCUCCUGUGCCAAACGAUCGAUUAGAUGAAAUUUGCGGUCUGAGUAAUCGGCGAGGGUUAGACGAGAAAAAACAAGUGGGUCCUGGGCAAUCAACGCCCGGUCAAUAUCCCUGGGUGGUGGCACUCUUCAACAAGGGCAGUUAUUUUGGAGGCGGUUCUCUGAUUAGUCCUCGAGUUGUUCUAACUGCAGCUCACCAAAUAUUUAUGGCUAAAAUGACCUUGACUUACAUUAAGGUAAGAGCUGGCGAUUGGGACUUGUCAUCGACAUCGGAAGCGUUCCAGCAUGAAGAGCGCUGGGUCACCGAUGUCGUGUACCCUGAUAAUUAUACAUUCCAAAAUGGCAGCAACAACAUUGCCCUGCUAUUCCUCGACACUCCGAUCAAAUUAAAGCCCAACAUCAGGACAAUUUGUUUGCCUCAGCAGGACAAGACAUUCGACCAAAGAAACUGCAUAGUUGCCGGCUGGGGAAAGAGUUCGUAUGAAAGUGCACAAUACGCGAGUAUACAAAAGAAGUUGGAGUUGAGCAUUGAACCCAGAGAAACAUGCCAGGACCUGUUGAGACGAACCCAAUUGGGCGCCGCCUAUGAGGUGCCUGAUAGUACCAUUUGUGCCGGCGGACAGUUGAACAAGGAUGCCUGCUCUGGAGAUGGUGGAUUCCCCUUGUUCUGUCCCAUGGAAGGCUACCCCCACCGCUACGAGCAGGCUGGCAUCGUCAGCUAUGGCAUCGAGUGUGGCCGGGAAAACGUUCCGGGAGUCUACACAAACGUGGCCAAGUUCAGGGAUUGGAUCGAUGAGAAGUUGGCAGGCGGCACAUUCGUUUUGUGUGAACUGAUAACGAUGGCGGAGAAUUUUUGUUCUGAGCUUGUAAAGACUUCUCAGAAUAUACUUAAAUCAUACUUUGAAUUUGCUGGCUUGAUUUAUUGUACUGAUUUGUUUUUAGUCUUCAGUCAAACAAUGUCGCGAAGAGUUAUUACUUUCAGCUGCCUUUUGUGGGUGUUGACUGAGGCGGGAGCACCUUGUGGCCUCCGAAUGGACAUGAAUUGUGUACCCCAAGGCCUUUGUAGAAAUGAUCCCAUUUUCCAUUCGGCCUGCCAGCACUCAGAAACAUGCUGUCACCCUUCUGAGGUGUUGCCCAUUGGAGCACCAUUAAUGUGUGGUCGGAGUAAUCCUCGUGGACUGGAGUUAGGAACACUGGUUGCUGUCGAUCAGGCAAAGCCCAACGAAUUCCCUUGGGUUGUGGCUCUGAUGAAACUAAAAAACAUUUUCUUUGGUGCUGGCACUCUGGUCACCGAAAAUGUGGUAGUUACUGCUGCCCAUCUGAUGCUGAAUCGGUCUAUAAGCGAUUUUAUAGUCGUUGGAGGUGCCUGGGACUUGAAUGAAUUGUUCAAGAACUCCGUGGUAACCCGAUCCCCGGCCAGGGUUAUUCCGCAUCCAGGUUUUAAAAUGCUCACCGGGGCCAAUAACAUAGCCCUUAUCAUCCUGGCCGUUUCGUUCGACCUUAAACCCCAAAUCAGCCCAAUUUGCUGGGCCUCGCCGGGAACAUCCUUCGUGGGAGAACGCUGUCUGGUUGUCGGCUGGGGCAAACUAAAUUCUUUAGCUAGAAACAUUUCGAAUCGGCAGAAGAAAAUCGAUUUACCCAUUGUGAGCAGAGAAAUGUGUGAGAUUCAAUUGAAAAGGACACUGGGACGGAGUUUCGAGCUCGAACCCACCAUGCUGUGCGCCGGUGGAGAACGCGGACGAGAUGCCUGCAAGGGAGACGGGGGAUCGCCCCUAAUGUGCCCCAUCCCCGGAUAUCCUUCGCUCUACGAAUUCGUCGGUAUUGUCAACAGCGGCGUGUCCUGCGGAGAGGAGGAAGUGCCCGGCCUCUACACGAGCAUCACCCAAAUGAAGUUCUGGAUUGAUCAACAACUGGAUGACGAGCUCAACAAGCCCUACAAGACAUUCCCCAUAUACAAUAUUGACUAUGAUUCUUACUGAAAUAAAUUAAAUUAAAGGGGAAUUCGAUUUGUAAUCUCUUUUGGAGAAUCCAAA